UUGUAACGUAAAGUUGGUGAGAGUAUAACAUUUUCACUCCGAGAAAAGUUCGACGAUUUUAAACUUUGAAAAUAUUUUUCGUAUAAACUUUUCAUACCAAGCAACCAUACGAGAUGUGUUUAAAACUUUAACGAUAAGAAAGUUGACUUACUAACACCGUUUUCGUGUUGAGAUUUUUUCACAAAAUUUUAGAUUUUAAAGAAAAAGAAUACGAUUGAGGGAAAAAAAUUCCACAUGAAUUCGUCAUCGUUUUUAAUCUAGUCAAAUUCUUAUAAAUUAAAAAUGAUAGAAUAAAAGAAACCGAAUCAAUAUGUUUUCCAAGAAAACCAUUUUAAUAGCGAUUGGUGUCGUUUUAGUAAACAUAGCAAUAGCGGAUAUUUCUAGAAAUUCGAGAACACGAAAACAAUCAUCCAAUUAUAAUCAUCAAACGUUAAAAAAGCCGAACAUUAUCCUGAUUUUAACGGACGAUCAGGAUGUUGAGUUGGGUUCGAUGAAUUUUAUGCCAAAGACAACGAGAUCAAUCAGAUACAAAGGAGCCGAAUGUAGACAUGCUUAUGUAACGACGCCGAUGUGUUGUCCUUCAAGAUCUUCACUUUUAACUGGAAUGUAUGUGCAUAAUCACAACGUUUAUACAAACAACGAUAAUUGUUCUAGCACGCAUUGGCAAACUUAUCAUGAAACAAGAUCAUUUGCUACUUAUUUGUCUAAUGCUGGAUAUAGAACAGGUUAUUUUGGAAAGUAUUUAAAUAAAUAUAACGGAUCUUACAUUCCUCCUGGUUGGAGGGAAUGGGGUGGAUUAAUUAUGAACUCUAAAUAUUAUAAUUAUUCGAUAAAUAUGAAUGGAAAGAAAAUUAAACAUGGGUUUGAUUAUCAUAAGGAUUAUUACCCAGAUUUAAUAGUAAACGAUUCAAUAGCUUUUUUGCGACAAUCGAAAAAAACCAACGCAAACAAACCGGUAAUGUUAACGAUGUCUUUUCCGGCACCUCACGGUCCAGAAGAUUCAGCACCACAAUAUUCACAUUUAUUCUUCAACGUGACCACUCACCACACGCCAUCUUAUGAUCACGCACCGAAUCCAGACAAACAAUGGAUUUUACAAAUAACGAAUCGAAUGAAACCUAUUCAUCGCCAAUUUACUGAUUUAUUAAUGACCAAACGAUUACAAACUUUGCAAUCGGUUGACGCAGCUGUACAAAGAGUGAUUGAUGAGUUGGAAAAUUUGGGCGAAUUGGAUAAUACAUAUAUUGUUUAUACUUCAGAUCAUGGUUAUCAUUUAGGACAAUUCGGGUUAAUAAAAGGUAAAAGUUUUCCUUUUGAAUUCGACGUUCGAGUACCAUUUUUAGUUCGGGGUCCGGGGGUGGCACCGGGGUCUGUUGUUGAUGAUAUAGUUCUAAACAUUGAUUUAGCACCAACAUUUUUGCACAUGGCUGGAGUUGAGGCACCUUCUCACAUGGAUGGGAAAUCAGUACUUCCUUUAUUCUUAAACACAAAGAAGCGACAUCGAUGGCCCGACACUUUCCUCAUAGAAAGUUCUGGUAGAAGAGACACCCCCGAAUCUCGUAAAGCAAAUAAAUACUCAGCGGCAGCAAACGGAGUCCAAAUCCCUGACUUAACAACGCUUUCCCCAUUUUCCUCAACCCCCACUCAACCCAACCCAUCAUCCGAAUCAUCCAACAUUACAAGUAGCCUGAAUCAAUUUUCCACAAUGAUUGGAACAAUCCCUACUUCAUCAUCUAAAAGAUACUUUGAAUCGGAAGAAGUUUCACCAUUAGAAGAAGACGAAGAUGAUGACGAUGGUGGGUUAGCCGACGAUGAAUUUGAGAAUGAAGAAGAAACGGACGAUGAAUUAGAAGUGAAUGAUGAUAUACACGAAAGAAAUCAAAUUAAACCGGCCGAUUCCAACUUAGACAAUCAAUUAUCACCUGAACGUCUUCAACCAGUGAAUAAAUUAGAAAGACUUGCGAAAGAAUGCGCUCAUUCUGAUUUAAAACUACCAUGCAAACCGGGUCAAAAAUGGUAUUGCGAAUACCAACACGGAAGAUGGAGAAAACAUAAAUGCAAAACUCAAAUUCCAUAUAAUUUCAAACCGAACAAGAAAAAUUAUAAACAAUGUGCUUGCUUCACACAAGAAAAAUUGGUUUAUAAAAAACUUCCAGUUAAUAUAACAUCAAAAAGAAAUUCAAGAUUUCGCGUAAAAAGAGACGCCAAACUAGAAGAAAUCGUCUUUCAUCAUCUCCACAACGAUAACAUACACAAACUAUCUUCCAGAGUAAAAAGAGAUAGCUUAAGACAUGUUGAUUCAGUUUUAGCGUCAUUAGAAGAUGCUUUAUCUGGUUUACAAAAAGCAAACGCUUCGUUAAGAGAGGUUCCAAUCGGUCUUCCAAAAAGCAACAUCGAAACUAACGCAAUCGAAGAUGUUUCGCAUGGAUGCAUUCGAGUAUCAAAAGGAAACGUAAAUUGUUCAAUGGAAGUCUAUAAUAAUCGAAAAACAUGGAAAAAAGAACGGCAACACAUCGAAGCUGAAAUACAACGAUUAAAACAACAAUUAGAAAACUUAAAAGAAAUUAGGAGACAUUUAAAACAAGCCAAACCAAACGGCGAGGAUGACACCCAAGAUGGUGAUGAAGAAAAUUCAACCGAUAUAAACAAUAAUAAUAACAACAACGUAGAUAAUUCAAUACAAUUAGGGAUUUCAAACCGUCAAGUGAUUCAACAAACAACGGAAUUUUUCGAUAUUCUAAACACAUCGACACAAAAACCCGGAAAUAGAGGAUAUAAUCGAACUGGAAGAAGAAGAAUACGACCCCUUUUUAAUAUUACCGAUUUUGAUGGGUUAAAUUUUGAAAAUGAUACCUUAGAAUUUAACCUUUCUGAUACAACAACUCAUCGACCAGUUAGACAUAAUCACACACGAAGGAUUCAUACCACUCAAAGGCCGCUUGAUGAAACAAGUUCUAACAUUUACGAUAUAUUUUCUACACAAUUGAGGGUGAAAUCAACCACGCCACGACCGAAUUUCCUCGAAAUCAACCGAGAACAUUGUUAUUGCGCUGUUGAUGAAGAAGAAGAUAUCGAUAGAGAACGGAGACGUAAAAUUAAAGAGGAUAGAAUGAAUAAAAAGGCGAGGAAGUUGCGGAAAAAGGCUCAAUUGGAAAAGGAAUGUUUAUCGGAGAAGAUUCAUUGUUUUCGACAUGAUAAUGAUCAUUGGAAAACUGCACCGUUAUGGACAGCUGGACCAUUUUGUUUUUGUAUGAACGCUAAUAAUAAUACUUAUAAUUGUUUAAGAACUAUAAAUGCUACUCAUGAUCUUUUAUACUGUGAAUUUGUCACUGGAAUGGUUACUUAUUAUAAUUUAAGAAUGGAUCCUUUUGAGUUACAAAACCGUAUUAAUCAUUUAAAACCCGAAGAACGAUCUUACCUUCAUGAUCAAUUAAUGGCAUUGAUGGCUUGUAAAGGAAAGGAAUGCAUGUUAAAUCAUCAUCAUCACCCGCAACAACCGGCUUUACAAAAUCCCAAUCGAAGACCAAAUCAAUUUUCUAAUAAUUACAAUCAACCGCACAAUACUCAUAGAUCAAAAAAAAGAAGAUAUGAUGAAUUUAAUAUUGCGAGAACGCUUCCAUUACAAUCGGAGUAUUCAUCAAGACAACAGUACCCUACAAACGACAAUCGCCCAUUCAAUAUGUCGAAGCCAUGGAGAAGGAGGAAGACCUGGACAUGGAGACAGAUACGAGAAAAGGAACGUAGGAGGCACACAACACCUUCAGGACUCAAAAAGAAAUGGAACCAGUAGGUACUCAAGAACGUACUAAGGAAAUUCGAUCAUAAUACUCAAAAUAGUAUUUUGGGAAUCGAUUCAAUGACUAUCAACUUAUUAUUUAAAUUAUUUAUUUCUCGAUGUAAUCGUGAUGUGAACAUCGCAUGACUGAGAAAACGUAAAAAAAAAUUGCAUAAAAAGAAAAAAAAAUUUAUUGUGUCGCUGUAUAGAAAUGUGAUCUCUAAUUUAUUGAAUUUACUUUUAAUAUAAAAAAGGGCUUCUAGGAGCUUAAUGCUUUGUGUGUCUCAACGUGUAACGACGCGAAAGGCCGCGACAACAAUCAAUUUCGAUUAGAAUAUAUGAAACCAAUAAUAAUUGCUAAGUUUUAAUAAUGAAAAAUAGAGCGAGAACGCGUAGAAAUGUGUAAAGUGUAGUUAGGUACCUGUCGAUAACUAAAUAAUGAUUUUUGUAAUGUGCAACGAAACUGUUUUUAUUCUAAUUUAAGUGUACAUAUUGUGUCGUCUCGAAAGCUGUUUUAUACCAUUUCCUCAUACUCUGUAAUUGUUUUUUUUUAAUAACAUUUUCAACGAAUGUGAUACGGCUCAUACAGAUGUAAUUAUGUAAUGGCAAUAGUGAUUAAAUAAAAAAUAAAGGCAAUAAUUUUAAAA